UUGCUGUGGAAGUGAACGGCACGUACAUUUCUGUCCAGUCCAACUUGUUACAUAGCUUAUUUUGAUAUUUUAAUGGUUUAAAAUGCCUGCAGCAUGGCGUCUGCACAGCAAUCUGCUACUGAGUACCUCAGAAACGCCAGGAAAAACCUGGUGAAUAAUUUGAAAAACCUUCCUGUGAUUAUUGAAAAUCUUUAUCAGAAGAAUGUUUUCAAUGAUCAUGAGGUCGAUGCUCUCAAAGCUGAGAAGACAGAGUUUGAUAAAGUCAGAAGUAUACUGGAUUGGGUCAUUAACAAAGGUGAAAUGGCCAGUUAUGAAUUACUCAGGAUUCUGGAUGUCACUCAGAAGAGGACAUUAUCUUCUAAUUUACGCUACUGGAUCAGCUGUUUUCCCUUCAGAUGGGAAGAUACAGAGGCCAGUUAUUCAUUUGGUACAAGGCCCUGUCAAAUCUACCAGACACAGCUCAAGAUGAAAGCAAAAUGUAUCCUGAGGAACCAAAGGGAAGGAUUUCGUAAAUAUCUGGAUGACAAGGCACAAGGACAGUUUAGUUUUAUACCACUUGUUUUGGAGACUGAUUCUGUCAUGAAAACGCAAUUCAAAAUAAAAUUAAAAAACAAAAAAUCCAAAAAACUACGACCCAAGAAGCUCAGAGCUUACAUUCCUCAUGAGGAACAAGCACUGUCACCUGAGGAUCUCCUGAAAUGGCAGGACAAGAACAUCCUUAUCAUAGGCAAACCAGGAGUAGGAAAGACUACAGUUGUCCAGGAAAUGUUGUGUUGCUGGGCAGAGAAGGAUGGCAGAGAGUUGGACUACAUGUUUUACUUUGAUGAAAAUGUUUUGGCCUUCAGUUCUAGUGCUGCCAAUUUGAAAUCUAUUUUGUUUGAUGUGUAUUUAAAACCAAUGGAUAAAGACAGAAAAGAUGUGUUUCAAGAUAUUGAGGAAAACUCUGAAAAUGUUGUCAUCGUGUUUGAUGGUGUGAUAGAUUUGGAAGAAAAUUCCAUCUUAUGGAAAAUUAUGAACCAUGAGCUCCUGCCUGAUGCCAAGAUUGUGAUCACAUGCAGAUCAGAGGUGGAGGAUGAUCCACUUUUCUCAGUUUGUCCAACACGGAAAGUGUAUGUGCAAGGGUUCAGUGAAGAGUCUAUCAACACUUACUACCAGAGUAUGUUGGGUCAUGAUCCUGUUCUUCUAGAUGUUAUUUUGAAGAAUCAAGAGCUGUUCAGUCUUAGUCAUGUUCCAUUGUAUGCAUUCAUGAUUGUAGACUUGAUUAAGUUUAAAAAUGACACUGUAUGCAACCAACCACAAACAGUCACAGAGAUGUACAUCCACAUUUUCCGUCUUGCUGUGAAGAAACAUGGGCAUAAAAAAAAUAAUCAAAUAGAUAGGUACCUGAAAAGAUGAAAGAUCAGGUUCAUCCCUUGAUGGAAAAUGCAUUCAAUGCAACUAUGCAGAAGUGCCUAACCCUUCCAGAUAUUAGCUGUGAUGAGAAAAACAUUUGUCAUGCUUUUCUGAAAAUUAUCACAACAACAGACUCACCAACAUCUGCAACAACAUACUGUGCAUUUCUCCACAACACAAUGCAGGAAUUUUUCUCAGCUUUGUGGCUUCUUGGACAUCCAGAAGAAAUUGAGAAAGUCCUACAGUGCUGUCAGACUGAGGAGCAUAAACACAUGAGACAUGUUCUUCCUUUCUUAUGUGGACUUCUGGGAGAACACAGCAUCAAAUUCCUCAAGUGUCUCUUCUCAGAGGAUCAGAUUAAGAAAACAUCUGACUGGUUUAUUGAGAAGUUUUUGGACACCUUUCUCCAGCCUCAGAGUGAAGAGUUUGAUCUUCUCUAUGUGUGUCAGUGCUUGUAUGAGCUCCAGUCUCCUAAAGCCUGCUUAAUGUUACUAAAGAAGAUGGACCAUCAGCUUGAAACAGAAGUGGAUCUUGAUCCUCAUCAGUGUUGUGCUUUGUCUUACAUUAUCAGUCAGUCCAGAGAUGAAGAGGUUUAUCUGAAUCUGGAGGACUGUAACGUGACUGAUGUAGGAAUGAACAUGAUGCUCAGCUGCUCACCAAACAUCAGGUUAAAGACUUGUAAAGAACCACUAAAGCAAAUCACAUUCUUUCUAGAGUUCUUCCAUACAACAGAGUGCCGUUGCAGAUUUUUUGAUGUAAGACAACGAUACAACUCAGAAAAAUGCAGUGCUCUGCUGGAUCUUUACUCACAUGUGAAGGACUAUGAGACUCAAACAGGCAGGAAUUUUCUUCCAGCAUUACAGUCAGUUUUCCAGUCAGUACCUGAUGACUGGAUCAUAGAUCUCUCACAGAGAAAGAGCUCCGUCCUCCUGGAAGUGCUGAAACUACAAACAGAGAAGAAACCAGUAGAGCUGAGAGGAUGUUCAGAGGAAGAGACUGAAAUGAUGAGUUUCCUUCAGUGUCUGCCCUACAUCUCACAGCUGAGAUUAUCUAAUCUGAAUGAAAAUAUUCAAAGCAGAUUUCUUCUGAGUCUCUUCAUUAAAGCAGCAGAGAUUGAGACACAGACAGGAGAACAGAUGCUGAAACUCUUAACAUCAGUCUGCAAAUACAGCUCUUUUUCUUAUGGAUGGACUGGCAGUAUUGAUCAGAGUGAUUUUCUGCUGGAUCUUUACUCACAUGUGAAGAACUAUGAGACUCAAACAGGCAGGAGUUUUCUUCCAGCAUUACAGUCAGUUUUCCAGUCACCUGAUGUCUGGAUCAUAGAUCUCUCACAGAGAAAGAGCUCCGUCCUCCUGGAAGUGCUGAAACUACAAACAGAGAAGAAACCAGUAAAGCUGAGAGGAUGUUCAGAGGAAGAGACUGAAAUGAUGAGUUUCCUUCAGUGUCUGCCCUACAUCUCACAGCUGAGAUUCUCUAAUCUGAGUGAAAGUAUUAAAAACAGAUUUCUUCUGAGUCUCUUCAUUAAAGCAGCAGAGAUUGAGACACAGACAGGUGAGCAGAUGCUGAAACUGUUAACAUCUGUCUGCAACUACAGCUCUUUUCAUUAUGGAUGGACUGGCAGUGUUGAUCAGAGUGAUUUCCUGCUGGAUCUUUACUCACAUGUGAAGAACUAUGAGACUCAAACAGGCAGGAGUUUCCUUCCAGCAUUACAGUCAGUUUUCCAGUCACCUGAUGUCUGGAUCAUAGAUCUCUCACAGAGAAAGAGCUCCGUCCUCCUGGAAGUGCUGAAACUACAAACAAAGAAGAAACCAGUAAAGCUGAGAGGAUGUUCAGAGGAAGAGAGUGAAAUGAUGAGUUUCCUUCAGUGUCUGCCCUACAUCUCACAGCUGAGGUUUUGUUUCUAUCAUGAUGAGGAAAUGCAGAUGUCUGGAAUAAGAUUCCUGCUGAGUCUCAGUGCUGCUGCAGUCAGAAUUGACACAGUUACAGGAACAAUAUUCUCGACAAUGUUGUCAUUUGUGUGUAGUUAUAAAACCUUCCCUUUUCAUGAAGAGUGCAAUGAAUACAAUGCUGAAGAUCAGAGUGAUUUCCUGCUGGAUCUUUACUCACAUGUGAAGAACUAUGAGACUCAAACAGGCAGGAGUUUUCUUCCAGCAUUACAGUCAGUUUUCCAGUCUCCUGAUGUCUGGAUCAUAGAUCUCUCACAGAGAAAGAGCUCCGUCCUCCUGGAAGUGCUGAAACUACAAACAGAGAAGAAACAAGUACAGCUGAGAGGAUGUUCAGAGGAAGAGAGUGAAAUGAUGAGUUUCCUUCAGUGUCUGCCCUACAUCUCACAGCUGAGGCCAUCGAAAGAGACUCUCCAGAAGCUGGUUGAAUGUGUCUGUGAAGCUCAGGAAGAAGAACUGACUCAAUGCUUCCUGCAGAAAGUGGGUGGAGGAUCUGACUUCCUGUUCCCUAAACUGGGAAGAGCUUCAUUAUUUUCUGCAGCACACAAAUUCAACUCAUUGCUGUGGACUUCAGAAAGAGCAACAUUAAAUGCAGCAUCAGUGAAAUUCUACCAUUCCUGAACAGGAUUCAUUUUAAACGGAUGAGCUCUAGCUUCAUGCUGUCUGUAAUCAGAGAGAUCCAUGAGUCCGGCUCUGUUGGUUUUGUGUCCAGUCUGUUGAGUUCAGUGGAGAACUUCAUUAACCUGCAGAGCAGAGAGCUGGACUCUGUUCACUGUGCGGCCCUGCG